AUGAUCCUGGGAAAUGUGACGGUUUUGAGGAGUGUGAGGAAAUGUGAGGAUCGUGGCAAAUGUGAGGAAUGUGAGGAUCCUUGGGAGUGUGCGGAAUAUGAAGAAUGUGAGGAUCGUGAGGAGUCUGAGGAUCCUGAGGAAUGUGAGGAUCCUGACGAAUGUGAGGAAUGUGAGGUUGCUAGGGAAUGUGAGGAAUAUGAAGAAUGUGAGGAUCAUUGGGAGUGUGAGGAAUAUGAGGAAUGUGAGGAUCCUGAGGAGUCUGAGGAUCCUGAGAAAUGUGAGGAUCCUGAGGAGUCUGAGGGUCCUGACGAAUGUGAGGAAUAUGAGGAAUUUGUGGAAUGUGAGGAUCCUGAGGAGUGUGCGGAGUAUGAGGAAUGUGUGGAAUAUCAGGAAUGUGAGGAUCCUGAGAAAUGUGAGGAAUAUGAGCAAUGUGAGGAAUGUGAGGAAUAUGAGGAUUGGGAGGAAUAUGAGAAUCCUGGGGAAUGUGAGCAUCCUGAGGAGUGUGUGGAAUGUGCGGAUGGUGGCAAAUGUGAGGAUCGUGACGAAUGUGAGGAUCCCGGGGAAUGUGAGGAAUGUGAGGAUCGUGGCAAAUGA